AUGCAGCGCCUCCACUGCUGGCUUGAUCAACUGACGCUCCGUCGGGGGCGGAAUCGUGAUGCCAACGUCAAUCGCCGAAUCACCAGCCAGAGUUUGACUCCAAUCUACCGUGUGACCCUCGAAUCGAAGAACAAGCACAAGCUUAAGCCUACCAAAACAUCAUCACAAGCUUCGCCAUCGUCGAAAAAUUCCCAGGAGCCAAGGAACGCUAUGCUUUCCGUACCAAAUUUAGUAGUCAGCGCUCCAUUUAUGGCGCGGAAACCCGAGACGGGGUCAUUUGCAAGGCGAAGGGGCAUUCGGACGAAUCCGUGGUUGUAUGGCGGUGACAGUCUGCUGCGGAAUUCUGCUUACCAUCACACGGAAUCGCUUCCACCUCAAGCGCAGUGUUUGGAAAGAAGAUGUGCACCACCAACAUUGUUGGGAGUGAAAAGUCUGGAGGAGAGCACUUGUAGUUCCGGAUAUGGUAGUCAGGAUUGUAGUCCUGACUCCUCAAUACACAUGCCGUCAUGGCAGACGACUGAUUGUAGUAAUGCGUUCAUCGACGAGCCGUUCGAUGAAGGCAGUUUACUGGAGGAAACGUCGUCCUUCUCCACUUACGACAAUAUUUGCGAUGCCAGCGAGGAGCACAUUUAUCACGAACUUGAAUCAUGCUUCCGAGUUGCCGAAGAGAGUUGCAGUUCCACUCCUCUUUCAAGCUUGGGAGAUUCUCGAUCGGACUCACCUCUUUGUGGCAGACAUGGAUCACCUAUCUACGCCCAGCCGUGGACACAUUACCAUGUGGAGCGCGAGCAUUACCGUUCGAAUAUGUCGGUUCUGGCAAAACGCAGUCCCAGUACUAAAGCAUUAACCGUUCGAAACCAGUCAUUCCGUCGAGUUCUGCCUGAAAUCCGAUACAACGAGUACGCUAGACCGUUCCAUGGGAGGCCGCUGAUGAACUGCCUAGGAAGGACAAAUUCGUUCGCUUAUCCUGAGCCAUCUUCCUCAUGGGUGCACAGAACAGAGAAUUAUCGUCAAAUGAACGAAAACAACCGUUUGGUGGAGAAUCACGCGAUGGAGGAUGCAGAAGAAGAAUUUCUUUCUGAACUAGACGCGCAGAUCGCCGAGUUACAGGUAGGAGAGAAUGUAUAUUUUAAUAUGAGUUAA